UUUUUUUUUUAAUUUCAUAUUACAUAUAUAAUACUUUUUUUUUAUUGGUUUAUUUUACAACUGCUUGAUCCAUGUUUGAUUUAUUUAAAAGGGUUUAUGAUUUCUUCGUACCAUCUGAUGAAGCUGAAGUGGAAGAGGCUAUUGCCGCCAAUACGACAAUAGAAACCACAACUACUGCAACAAACAAAGAUAAACCACAUGUCAAAAAAACAUCCUCUCGUCCAUCAAAGGAAUCUGACCUCAAAUUUUUUCAAUCUUCUCACUUUCCACCAGCUUCUACUACAUCAUCUAAGGAAAACAAUUUUAUUGAUACAAAGGAUACCAAAAAGACGAGAUCAAGAAAGACAAAGUUUAUUGAAUACCAAAACAGCAGAGCCAAAACUAACGGUAAACAACCCGCUGGACAAGAUGAUGGUAAAACAACUGGACAAAAACGAAGAAAGCGGCAACACGAUGAAGAAGAAUUAGUCAUUGAAUUACAAGAAACGGAAGGAAAGACACUACUGGACGAUAACAUUAAACAACCUGCAAAAAGGACAAAAAAACGCGGAAUGAAAAACGAAUCAACAAAAAAUCCAGUUAUUCAGGAAAAACAAGCCAAAAAGGAACAGCUAAAGGUAGACAAUGACUCAAACAAAUCGAAAGCAGGGACGAAAAAAGUGGUGGCAUCAGAUAGUGACACGCAAUCUAAGAAACAAAGACUCUCACAUCAAGAACGGGCGACAGUUCAACGCGUAUCUCGAAGCAGAACCAUCAAACUGGGAAAUCAUCAAUGUAUGGACUGUGCUGAAACUUUUGACACUUUGGAACAAAUGGAUGAUCAUCGAACCAAAGAACACCCUCACUCAAAAUGGUGAUUAUUAUUAUUAUUAUUUAUACUUCCUCCCUCCCUCCAUUUAUUUAGCUUUUAGUGUACAUCUUCAUCCUCCUUACUUUUACAUCCACGUUUGGUUUUAUCUUGUCUCCUUUUUUUUUUUUUUUUUCUAAAGUCC